CUGAUAUUUAUCAGCUAUCACGUCUUAUUAUAAUUUCGCCGAAGCCUUGAAGCUCAAAUAUGUUUAUUUAAAUUUAGUGGGAAACUGCUUCCAAAUUUAUUUGGAACAAUGGAGCUAACUCAGCGAUUAGAAUGUACACAAGAAAUAUUUUCAAAUCAAUCAGAAAGAUUAUUUCCAGAGCAGAUUGGAUUUAUAGGGAUAUGUGGAACAAAAUAUCCCGUGAAAAAAGGGCCAAACAAAAUUGGCAGAGAUCCACAAAUAUGUAAUAUAGUUUUGAAUCAAAAUUCUGUAUCACGUCAACAUGCUGUGUUAAAUGUUUUAAGUAACAAGCAAUAUAUGCUCAUGGAUCUUGAUUCUGCAAAUAAAACAAAGUUGCAGGAUAAAACCUUAGAGCCAUUCAUUCCACAUCCACUGAAAAAUGGUGAUACCAUACAGUUUGGCCAAGUAUUUGGUAUAUUCAGAUUACUUGAAGAUGAAACAGACCUGCCGAUGACUCAAGCUCUUGAUAUUCCCGAUACACCUGUAGCUAACAGAUUUGUGUCUAGAAUUCAUCAAGUUACUACUGUACCUGAAUCACCUGAUGCCAGUGAUAAGGAUGACUCAUUUAUAGCUCCAUCUCAACCCAAGCAGAAGAAUAAAUUUAAAAGUCCUAAUACUAAUUACAUCAAAACAUCCGGAAAGACUAUUUCAAUACAACCUGUUGGACAAAAGGUGAUUGAUAAUGUUUACUGGAACUCAUCCAAAAAAUCAGACUCAUUUAACUUGCAUAAUAAUAAUUCAAGUAGCAUUGACGAGUCAUUGAUUUCUGUGAAAUCAUGUGACACUAGUAACAUAAAUAAUAUACAUGAGCAGGAAACACAGGUUCCUAAUCAGUUUUGUGAUGUUAGUAAUAAUGCAUCUAUUUUCGAUGCUGUUAGUCAAAUACCUGAUAUUGAAACAGACCUACAGAAACCAAAUUCACCUAAUAUAUAUAGUAUGGAAACGCAAGUACCUGUAAAAGAUCCAUUAAAUGAAUUUUGUGAAGAUAAAAACGAAGAAAAUAAUAUAGACUCCAUAAUUGAUGAUAAAGAAAACGAUGUUAGUAUAUUUAAUGCUGAAACACAACAGUUUCAAACACCCUCAAGUAAUCAUAUAAUUAAUAAAGUUAAUGUUGAUGUGAAAGAAAAAUCACAUAGUUCAGAUGAUAUAAUACUAUUUGACGAAAUAGAUAGUCAGGCUCUAGAUGAUAACUUUGAAUCUCAAGCUAUAUUACCACCAAGUCCAAUAUUCCCCAGAUCAAAUAAUGCCAGUUCAAGUAAAAUCCUUGAACAGAAAGUAGAUAAUGAAAUUGAAGAAGAUAAAAAGAUUAAAACUCCUACACCGGAUUCUCCGAAAAUUGAUGAUUUUGCCCUCUUACCUACACAACUUAUACCGAAAAUGACAAUUGAAAAUCCAUUGGAAAAUGAUGAUAUUGAAUUUUUACCAACUCAAAAAAUUAUAGAAAAAGUAAAUGAUGAUGAUGAUGUCACAGAUUUCGAAGAUAAUUUAGAUGAUGAAAAAAUUGCUCCAAAUAAGGAAUUAAACUUUGAAGAUUUCGACACGCAAGUUAUAGAGGAAGACCGUGUUCCAAAAAAUAUCGAAAAUACAGAAAAUUCCACAAGAUGUAAUUUUGAAGACAUGCUAACACAGAUUAUUCCAGAGGAAAAUGUUCAAGACGAUACAAAUGAAGUUAUAAAUUUAGAAGAUAUGCCAACACAGGUGAUACAAGCAGAAGUACCAAAACCUGAAAAUAAAACUUUCAAACAAAAAUGCAUAGAGGAUUUCACAAAUUUUAAAAUUCCUUUAGAUUCAGCAAGAAAGCAAAAGAAAAAAGGUAUUUCAAAGGCGAAAACUCCAAAUAAUGUUGCGUCAAAAAGUGGUAUCAUUGUCGCCUCUUCAACCACUACAGAUGAUGAUGAUGAUUCCAAUUAUUAUGCAGCUACCCAAGAACUUUUUGAUGAUUUAUGUACCCAGAAGGAAACAUCAGAAAAUUCUGUCAAGACAGAGAGGCAACAUUCCAAAGAGAAUGUUGAAAACGUUUCAUUAGAGAGUAGUGAGGGAGAAGAUAAAAUAGAACAAUUUGUUUCUUCACUGUCGAUUCAACAGAUAAAAGAAGUUGUUGGUGUGGAAAACAACAUUUCGUUACUCAGGAAAAUGCCCAGUGAUAGUUCUGAUAUGGAAGUGACUCCUAGAAAAGUUACGUCAUUACAAUUCAUGGAAAUUGAUUUACCAAAUAGCCAAGAAAUUAAAACUAGUGUAACAUUACAAUCAAAAUUAAUAGUUACAGAUUCCUCAAGCGAUUCAGACACUGAGAAAGAUACCAAACAAAAUACUCCUAUAGUGUUCAAAGCGAAAAAAAGAAUAUCAAAAGAGGCAAAAUUGGAUUUAUCUAAAAAAUUCGAUCUAACGCUUUUACCUUCUAGAGUAAUAACACGAAUUCGGAAACCUACAGAAAAAGUCCUGAAUGUCGGUCAAUCCAGUCUUUCAAAUUUUAUUCAAUCAAAGAUCAUAAUAGACCAGGAAGAUGAUAUCAACACAGAUAUAAUAAAUGAAAACCUCGCUAGGCUUAUAAGUGAAAAAUCUAACAUGAAAAAUGAUAGUUUAACAAAACAAUCGAUAAGCAAAGAAUCAAAGUCUGGAAAUAAAACUGAACCCCAAAAGGCACAAAUCAAUAAAAUAGCUGUUAGAACCUCAAAAGCGACCAGCAAUGAUAUUAAAUUAGCCGACAAUAAUUAUUCAAAUCCAAUUCGCAGUGAUAAAGAUACGAGAAAAACUCGUAGAAGUAAUAAGGAUCUUGUUGAUAGAAAAACCGAAACAAGCAACAACAAACUGCUUUCAAGCAGUCUUAAUAAGAGCAAUUCGGAUUCAAUAACCGAGGAUUGUCGCGAAACACGGAGUCGUAGAAAGCAAAAUGCCAGUGUAAACUUAAAAAAAUCCAUGGCUAUAGAAAUAGAACCCUUACCAGAAAAACGUAGACGAAUUAAACGUGUCAUUGAAAUUGUAGAUUCGUCACCGGAACAAGAAGUUAGGAGGAGUAGGCGAACAAGAUCGAACAAUAACGAAGAAGAUAAAUCGAAAAAUGCAAGCACCCUCAUUCAGCAUGAGGAAAGUACUGUAUACAAUAUAUCAUCAGAGUCAGGUGUAGAUUCGCCUAGACUAAAAAGGUCCGCGUCUAAAGACUUUUUGUGGCCACCUAAAAAAAGGGGUAGACCACCUAGGCCUGCGAGCGCUUUGGGUAUCAGUUUGAGAGCAACACCGGCGAGAAAACUCAAAACGCAGUAUGUUUUGUCAACAGCCUUCCCGAUUGAGGAAAUUAAAAACAAAUUGGAAGAGUUAGGAGCGGUUAUUGUUUCAGACGUAAAAAAGUGUACAGUUGUACUGACUUUGAAAUUGAAGAGGACUUUUAAGCUCCUGUGUGCAGUGGGGCUCGGCAAGCCGAUAGUUGGUCAGCAGUGGGUUCAAGCUUGUGUUGAUAACAAAGUUAUUGUUGACCCCUGGUUAUACCUGCUACGUGACGAGGCAACAGAAGAAAGAUUUAACUUCAACCUCCAGCAAUCCCUUACGAGUAAAAGGAAAUUUUUGAAGGGCUACAACGUUACCUCUACGCCGAGUGCUUUGCCCACUGAGUCCGAAAUGAAGUUGAUAGUUCAAUGUUCCGGAGGUCAAUGGAAGGAAGGUGGACCCAACUGGGUUGUAGUGACAAGCCGGAAGGAUCAAGCUUUAUGGCCGGGACUACUCAAACGAGGCGCCAAUGUUGUUUCCACGGAAUUCAUUUUAUGUGGAGUUAUGCAACAGAAAUUGGAAAUCGAUAAAUAUAGAUUGGCUUCCUAAAAUUGGUUCGUAAAUUGGCUGGUAAAAUUUCUUAUAUAUUUUGGUAUUUGCAUUAUGUCCCAAGUGUUGUUUUGAUGUUAAUGUGUUGCUUCUGAUUUUUGCUGCCUUUUGGAAUUGUUUUUGAGAAAUUGUUUACAUUAUUCCUUUGAUAAAAAUAUCUAACCUAACUAUGUGUUAAUAUGAUAGUUAAAGGUUAUCAAAAAUUCUGCCCAUUUAAUUACGUAUAGUGAAAAUAAUAAGGAAAAAAUUGCACAUGGUAAUAUCUGAUUAAAAACAUUCAUUCAAUGGAUAAUCGUGUAGUUUUCCCGAACUCGGUGGGGCUGUGAUCACCUGCCUCACAAAUAGACAGAAUAUUUCUAGUGCCUUUAACUUAAAGUGAAUAAUAAAUUUGUGGAACGUUAAUUUUUAUACUAUGAAUUUUCUUAACCCUUGAAAAAGUUUCUUAAUCCAUGAACAAUAUACAAAUGUUACCAUUGUAUUUUUUUGCAUUGUGUAAUGGGGUAAUAUUAAAAAAGCAGAUGUAUUUAAUUUGUAAAAUUCACUUCCAAAAUGUAUAAAUGAAUCUUCAAAAUGUCUAUGUUUAUUUGUAUUAAGGUUAGGCCAAUAAAUUUAGCAUCACAUAUUUUUACUAUAAGAAUUAAGUAUUGGCUGUACUCAGAACAAUAUAAUUAUUAUGAAUGAUUAAAUAAGAAAUCCGUAAAGUACAAAAUGUAAUAUUUAAUAAGUAUAUUGUAAUUUUCAUUCAAGAACUAUAUUUUUUAGACAGUAGAUAUUUAUAUAUGUAUAAUUUUCACCAAAUUCGUAUGGAAUCCAAGAUUUCAGUUUCCAGUGCUAUAUUAAUGUUAAUGUUAUGACAAUUAACUUUUAAGAUUUAUAAUUCGAAAUCAACACACACAAAAUGAUGAAUCAUCAUAUAAUAAUGAUUUCAAAAUAGGGAUUAUGAGGAACGGAAAA